AACUAGCUGAAUUUUCUUUUCCAUAUUUUAUUUCAAAUAGCAAAAUGGCUUUAAUUUUAGUUUUAUUUAACUAUAACAACCCUGUUCUGCAUCGUGGCACAUUCAUUCAUUAUUACAUGCAACUGGUGAGCACGAUGCAAUAGAAAGCUGUGUUUGUUGUCUUCAUUUCUCGCGUUUCUUGAUUUCCAGUCUCAGACCGGAAAUUGUCUGGGUGUUUUUGCUCCAGUGUUUUUGAGCUCAUGAGUGCAGUAAUAUGUGCAGCGCCAGUGUCUUGCUGAGGUUGCAGGCUGGCACAGAUGAGAUCUCGGUGAAGGGUGAACGCACGAAUAAAGAGAGAGAGAGAGAGAGAGAGAGAGAGCGUGCACGUGAGGGGGAUGCAGUGCACGAGGGCGGAGCUUAGCAUCAGGCAAUACCCCGUCUAAUUCUCUCUCUCUCUUCAUCUCUGAUCUCUGUGCUUGACGCCGGUAAACCUGUCUGUCUCUCCUCUCCGCUCCUGUCCCGCUUUCACCAGCGCCUCCGUCUUUGUUCUGGAAUAUUCUGAGCGACAGGAAGCGCGGGGAAUUGUGCGUGCGAUCGGUGUGUGUGUGAGGUGGCGAAACACACGCUGGUCUCGGCCGAGGGAAGGAUGGUUUUGCCGGCUGGUCUUGCGGCGGUUCUCAUCCGAGUGCGUGUCUCCCGGGCAACCGCGCCCUCCCUCCGCGCGCCAUGAGCCGGACCAGCCGCACCUCCUGCUCAAUGCUCAACUGCUUCGGUGAGGAGGGGCCGCCCAGCCUGGAGUACAUUCAGGCCCGGGACCUGUUCCCCCAGAAAGAGCUGGUCAAAGAAGACGACGCUCUGCAGGUCCCGUUCCCUGUCCUGCAGGGCGAGUGGGUCGAGUUCCUGGGUCGUGCAGACGAUGCCGUCAUCGCCAUCUCUAACUACAGACUGCACAUUAAAUUCAAAGACUCCAUCAUCAACAUGUAUCCUGGUGUGGACAGUGAGAUUUCUGUUCCUCUGAGGCUGAUUGAGGGCGUUGAGAGCAGAGAUAUGUUCCAGCUGCACAUCAUCUGCAAAGACUCCAAAGUAGUGAGGUGUCACUUCUCGACAUUCAAGCAGUGUGAGGAGUGGCUAAAGCGCUUGAACAGAGCGAUAGCGCAUCCGGCCCGUCUGGAGGAGCUGUUUGCGCUGGCAUAUCAUGCAUGGUGCUUGGGAGGAAACACAGAUGAUGAAGACCAGCACCUGCACCUAUGCAGACCAGGUGAUCACGUGCGGCACAGGAUGGAGGUAGAGGUGAAGCGGAUGGGAUUUGACAUGCAGAACGCCUGGAGAGUGUCUGAUAUCAACAGCAACUACAAGUUGUGUUCGAGUUACCCACAAAAGCUCCUGGUGCCCGUCUGGAUCACAGAUAAGGAGCUGGAAAGCGUGGCCUCCUUCAGGUCCUGGAAGAGGAUUCCUGUGGUGGUGUACAGGCACCAGCGUAACGGGGCCGUCAUCGCCCGCUGCAGUCAGCCGGAGAUCAGCUGGUGGGGCUGGCGGAACACUGAGGACGAGUAUCUGGUGACGUCCAUAGCAAAGGCCUGUCAGCUGGAUGCCGGGACGCGGGCAUGCAGGACCAGAGGAGACGGACCGGACUCGUCCGACAGUGACUUUGACUCAUCUUUGACGGGUUGUCCCGCUCCUGACGCCAGUGCCGCGGCCCAAAAAUUACUGAUUCUGGACGCCCGUUCUUACACCGCCGCCGUGGCGAAUCGUGCCAAAGGAGGAGGGUGCGAGUGUGAAGAGUACUAUCCUAACUGUGAGGUGAUGUUUAUGGGCAUGGCCAAUAUCCACUCCAUCAGAAAUAGCUUUCAGUCACUCAGAGCCGUUUGCAGUCAGAUCCCGGAUCCUGGCAACUGGCUCUCGGCUCUGGAAAGCACCCGUUGGCUGCAGCAUCUGUCCGUCAUGCUGAAAGCAGCCACUCUGGUGUGCUCUGCGGUGGAGCGGGAGGGACGUCCGGUGCUGGUGCACUGUUCAGACGGAUGGGACCGGACGCCGCAGAUCGUGGCCCUCGCAAAGAUCCUGCUGGAUCCUUUCUACAGGACCAUAGAGGGUUUUCAGGUGCUGGUGGAGACGGAGUGGCUGGAUUACGGUCAUAAGUUUGCGGAUCGCUGCGGUCAUCAGGAGAACGGUGAGGAUGUGAGCGAACAGUGUCCCGUGUUCCUGCAGUGGCUGGACUGCGUCCAUCAGCUCCUCAAGCAGUUCCCCUGCCUCUUCGAGUUCAACGAGGCCUUUCUGGUGAAGCUGGUUCAGCACACGUACUCUUGUCUGUACGGCACCUUCCUGUGCAAUAACGCGAAAGAGCGUGAGGCGCGUAACGUCUAUAAACGCACCUGCUCCGCGUGGUCGCUCCUGCGCAACGGCAACAAGAACUUCCAGAACUUUCUCUACAUCCCCUGCCAUGAUAUGGUUUUACAGCCGGUCUGUCACACGCGGGCUCUGCAGUUGUGGACGGCCGUGUAUCUGCCGACGUCCUCGCCGUGCACCGCGGCUGAAGAUGCCAUGGAGAUCUACCUGAGCCCGUCCGCAGGAGGAGAGGAGUUCAGCUCACGCUCCCUCGACAGGCUUCCCAAAACGCGCUCGAUGGACAACUUGGUGUCUGCUUGUGAGAACGGCGUGACGCUCACCCGCACCUCGAGUGACCCCAACCUAAACAAGCACUGCCAGGAGGGACGUCCGGCGCUGGAGUCCAACCAACCCGCGGCCAUCCAGAGCGGCGCUCCGUCCGAGGACCCGCCCGUCGGCGAAUCGCCGCCGUGUGAGGAAAUGAGUUCUUCGAUAACUCGUGAGGACGAUUUAAGGGCGGAGCCUUGUUUGACAACCCAACCUCUGCCCUCUUUGCCCCACCCCUUAGCUUUAGAUCAAGCCCCGCCCCUUCCGGUUAUAAGCCAAACUCCGCCUCCAAUCCCAAUUAGUUUACCGCAGGAAAUCAGGACUGCAGAAAACACGAAUCCACCACCUCUUUGUAACGGCUUUGCGCAAAGCGCUAGCGAAACUGUGAACUCUGAAACCGUUGCGCCAAUGGAGGCGUCUGUGGAGACGCUAACGGAGCAAAGCGCGAUCCCUCCUGCUAGGAAAGCCAACGCGGUUGAGUUCCCAUUUGAAUCACCGAUACAAAACGGCGAACUGGUUCCCGCCAGAGAACGACCGCCACCUGCAGACUACGCCAAAGCGGCCCGCCGUUUGAUUUCCCAAAGCCAGUUGACGGAGCUUUCGCUGCUAGGUUCCCAAUGGGACAGCGUCCAAGGCCUCGUCCAGUCGGCCUGCGGCGGCGCCAUCCAGCACGGCAGCUAUCACGGCCGUCGACUGGCGAACAAGCUCCUCCGCGCCCAAGGCGGAAGCGCUAACGGCGGGCCGUGUUGUCGUCGAGACCCUCUGCGCGCUCCUGGAAGUCCCAUCCAGUCGGGUUGGUUCUCAGCGGUGAAGAACUCGAGCUACGCCGCGCUGUGUUCGUCGGCCGCGUCUUCGUUAGCAAUGGGCCCGUCCUUCCGGCAGCUUCUGCCGUCCCAUUCCUCGCCAUCCUCCAACGGCUCUCCGGCUCUGUUCCAGACGCCCGCGUACCUGGACGACGACGGCCUGCCGGUCGCGGUGGACGCGGUGCAGCAGAGGCUGCGGCAGAUCGAAGCCAGUUACAAACAGGAAGUGGAGGUGCUGAGGCGGCAGGUUCGACAGCUUCAGCUCAAACUGGAGAGCAAACAGUUCUGCACGCCGCCCUCUGAGCCUGACGUCGACUACGAGGACGAUAUUACGUGUCUGCGUGAGUCAGACGGCAGCGACGAGGAAGAUUCUCUGUCCAAUCACAGCGAGGAUCGCUUCAGCGAGGGCAGCUGGGACCGUGUGGAGAGGAAGGACACAGAGGUCACCAGAUGGGUGCCGGAUCACAUGGCUUCUCACUGCUUCAACUGCGACUGCGAGUUCUGGAUUGCCAAACGACGCCACCACUGCAGGAACUGUGGUAACGUGUUUUGUAAGGACUGCUGCCACCUGAAGCUGCCCAUUCCAGACCAGCAGCUGUACGACCCGGUUCUGGUGUGCAACACCUGCUACGACCUGCUCCUGGAGUCGCGCACGCGAGAGCUGCGCUCGCAGCAGCUGAAGAAAGCCAUCGCCACCGCGUCCAGCUGAGACGGCCAAUCGCAGGGCGCCGCGCACGCCGCCGUCCAACCGGACGCCCGACAUUUAGAGCAAGAGCCGCUCUCUGCCUCCUUCCCCCCGCCAACCACGAGACGAGGGCGAUUUAGAGUCCGGAUCAGCUCUGAGACUGAUCCACACGAGGAACGCCAUGGAUGAAAUCCAAAACACGAGUGCGGUUUGCGACGGAGGGGCGUUUUUAAUCACUGCGAGUGAACUCGAAGCUUCUCCGGUUGAGGACACAAACCGAACCCAAAGGAUUCAAGGGUUCGAAAACCCAAAGAGAAGCGUUUCUUCAUCUCAAAUCACUCAAAUCACGGCCCCUGUGCAUCACUCACGUCGGACAAUCACCUCCUUCCCUCAAAACUCGGCGACUCCGGACGCGUCCAUCCAGAGGCUCACUAUUUAAAACCAAGCAAGCUGCUACAGUAUUUAAAAAAAACGAAAUACUUCUAACUUUUGUAUCCUUAUUAUUUUGUGCACUACGGAGGGGGUUUGAGACCAAAACGGAGGGAUCUGCAGCUGUUUAAUCGCUGUUUGUCUGCUGAUAUGAAGCUUGAAUGUAUGAUUGUAUGGUUUCUUUUUGUUUUUGUAAACUGGAGGGAUUCGCGGGUGCAGUUACUGAAUUGAAGCUGCCAGUUUGCAUUGAUCUGAAUGUGCACAGAACGCUACCUAUUUUGUUUUUCAGCCACUCCCGACAGUAGCGCGCUUUAGCCGAACUGUGAAAUGGUUGCACUCUGGUUCUAUGUGAAAUACACGACUUUAAAUGCCAAAAUCGAUCAGUAAUAUCUAAACAGAAUCACUCCUAAAUUCAUGUUUCAUCUGGCUGGUUGUGCGUUCGUAGCAGGAAAAGCAAGAAAAAAAGAGCAAGCUGAACAUUUAUGCUGUAUGUUGUUGUGUACGUUACGGUAAAACUAUAGCCAUGUUGCACUGCUCCGUCUACUUUAGCCAGAACGCUAGUGUACUAGUUUCUAUGACUUCAUCUGAGCAAACCAAUGAUGCUAAUAUUUCAAUCGUGCAAAUUGAAACACGUGAAUCAUUGGAAACUGGUGGCGAUUUCAAGGACUUUUAUUGUAUCAGAGGGUUUCACCGCUGUCCGCUCACAUUCUCAACCGCAUUACUUGUUCAAAACAAGUGCUACGAUUACUUUAUUUCACGUCGUCUGCGUCUUCAGGCCCUGCGUUGAUUGUGUAUUGUUAAUGGUGAACCUCUCAACAGUGCCAUGUGUUUUAUUUUCUUAUGGAUUCACUGAUUUGUAACUUUAACAUGUUCAGUGGUACAAUAGAGGCUAGAGGCUUAACAAUGAGGUUAAAAACACUGAGAAGCGGUUUGAUUUUCGUCUGAUGGUUUCAUUUUUCUUCUUCAUGGUGUUGAUGAAGGAUACAUUUUGAGUUUAAUGCAUUAAAAAGGAACCCAGAAAUGUGAUGUAUAGUUAUUUGGUCUGUAAUAGUGGCUAAAAUUUGUCACUUAGUGAAUAAUUGUUGUAAAGAAAUGCACUGUACAAGUUCAAUCCCAUGGGAUAAAUAAAAAAAAAAUACAUCUUUAUCAGC